CUUUCGCUUUGCAAAAGCAACAUUCCCGAGCGAGCGAGCGAGCGAGCUGGAGGGACGGACCCGAGCUUGAGACCGCUGCCCGCCCUGGUGCCCCUUGCAGAGGAGGAGAUCUUCCAGAGGGUGAACAAUGGCCUCCAGAAACCACAUGCCCGCUCCCAUGUGCCUCAUUGAGAACAGGGCCAGAAAGCUUGUGAUCUGUCAACAGGCCCUUCGGCUGCUCUCUGAAAUUAAUACGCCCGUGGUGGUGGUCGCCAUUGUGGGACUCUACCGAACAGGCAAAUCCUACCUCAUGAACAAACUCGCAGGGAAAAAUUCAGGUUUCCCUCUGGGCUCUACGGUACAAGCAAACACCAAGGGUAUCUGGAUGUGGUGUGUUCCCUACCCUGGCAAACCAGACCAAACUCUUGUGCUUCUGGAUACAGAGGGACUCGGAGAUGUGGAAAAGGGUGAUUCCCAGAAUGACUCCUGGAUCUUUGCUUUGUCUGUGCUCCUUAGUAGCACUCUGGUCUACAACAGCAUAGGCACCAUCGACCAGCAAGCUAUGGAUCAGCUUCACUAUGUGACAGAGCUGACCCAGCACAUCAAAGCAAAGAACCAAACCACAGAGAACCCCCAGGGACGAGACGAUUCUGCUGAGUUUGUCCGCUUCUUCCCAACUUUCGUCUGGGCCUUGAGAGAUUUCACAUUGCAGCUGCAACUGGAUGGGCACUCCAUCAGUGAAGACGAGUAUCUGGAAAAUGCUUUGAAAUUAAAGAGAGAUAAAGGUGACUCCCGCAAUAUCCAGUUGUUCAACCAGCCCCGUGAAUGCAUUCGGAUGUACUUCCCCACCCGGAAAUGCUUUGUCUUUGACCGCCCUACCAGUAGGAAGAACCUGGCUCGGCUGGAAGAGAUGCAGGAGAGUGAACUAGAGCCUGAUUUUGUGGAACAGGCACACCAGUUCUGCCGUUACAUCUAUAGAAAUUCCAAACAAAAAACCAUCCCUGGUGGGCACGUUGUCAAUGGCCGCUUGCUGGCAAACUUGGUGGUGACUUACGUGGGCACCAUCAGCAGUGGGGAAGUGCCUUGCAUGGAGAAUGCCGUACUGGCCCUGGCAGAGAUUGAGAACUCGGCAGCUGUGCAUGAUGCUGUUGUCCGCUACGUGGAGCUGAUGGAUCAGAAGCUGAAUCUGCCCACGGAGACUGUCCAGGAGCUGCUGGGGAUACAUGCCCAGUGUGAGGAGACGGCCAUAAAGGUGUUCAUGGGCCGUGCCUUCAAGGACGACAAGCGUCAAUUCCAAGUUGAACUCAUGAAAACCUUGGAUCAAAAGAAGGAGGAAUACUGCAUGAAGAAUGAGCGGAAAUCGACACAACGCUGCUUAGCUCUGUUGAAGCGGCUGUCUCAGGAGUUGGAGGAAAAGCUCAAGAAGGGCAUCUACAACAACCCUGGUGGCUACCAGAACUUCCUGAAAGACCAGAAGAGUAUAAGAGAGCAAUACCAGAAAGAGUCUGGGAAAGGAGUGAUGGCAGAAGCCACCCUGCAGCAGUUCCUGAAGGACAAGGAGGUUGUCGGCAGAGCCAUACUUCAAAGCGAUGAAGCCCUCACGGAGAAAGAGAAGGAAAUGGCAGCUGCAAAGGCAAAGGCAGAGACAGCGGAACGAGAACAGGAGAUUCAGAAGCAGCAGCUGGCUACAGAAAAACAGAAGCUGGAGGACCAGCGAAGAAGUUAUGAGGCGAACAUUAAACAGUUGGAGCAGAAGAUGGUGAAAGAAAGGAAGGCGUUAUUGGAAGAGCAGGAGAGGAUGGUGGAAUGUAAACUUAAGGAACAAGAGGCUAUGUUGAGAGAGGGAUUCAAGAAGCAUGCUGCUCAGCUGAAUAAUGAGAUUCAGCAGCUGAAGCAAGAGAACGAGAACGUCCAGAAGCCGUCUUGGCUUCCAGGGAUACUGGGAACCCUGGCUGAUGCAGCCUCAUUAGUAUUGCCAGGUUGGUUCCGUGUAGGUGCCAUGGCAUUUUCCAAUUGGAUGAAGCAGCUGUAACCAGGCGUAAGCAGGGCUUGGACUUCACCCUUUCUCUUUUGGCUGUACUGGACAAAAGCUAGCUGCUUUGUCAAAACAAAACACAUUGUUAACGUGGAAUGUCUUGAAGCAGGAAAGUGACUUAGUAAGCUUCCAGGAUUCUAACAGGCUGGAUACCUCCUGUGGACUGCAAAACUGCCUGUGAAGUGUAGUGGCAAUGUGAGGGCAUCACUACUGUGGAUAUUAGGGCCAUUUCACAGAUGACAUAGAUUUAGGUUUGCCACCAAGUGGAUCUGCAACAGGGAGCCUCAGCCACUGCUGCAUUCACAUUUUACGCUUGAACAUCAUCGCUGUACACUUAAACAUGUAACAUGCAAAGGUGUCUCAGGCCAACUAGGUAUUUUCACUUGAUGUGCAGCAACACUAGAGGUGGGAUGCCAUGAACUUUUGUAAGCAUAACAUAUCAAGCACAAAAGGUCUUAGGCUAACUUUAUGCAGACCAGAUAAAAUAAAAACACAAACAAAAUUUUUAACAAGUUGUUCUAGUAAGAACUAAUCAGCCUACUUUCCUUUCACUGUCUCUACAACUGGGUUCUAUUUGGGUCAAAUCAAGGUCCACAAGUUGGAUCUCUUGCGCCUCAAAUGUUCAUGCGUCCGCCAUCUUGGCUCGGGGUGGAUGACAUCAUUACAACCUCCUCCACCAUUGAGAUGUCCCUGUGUCACUCACUACAUCUGUACAAAAGUUGGUUCAAAUUGGUUAGACUGUUCACAAGUUAGCGCACAUGCGCCUCAAAAGUUUGUGUCUGCCAUUUUGAAUUGGGGUGGAUGGCAUCAUCACAAACUACACCAUUGAGGCGUCCCUACAACUGUCCUCAAUUUGGUUCAUAUUGGCCCAGGUGUUGCAAAGUUGUUAGCGGGACACAUGUGGACAGACACGCACACAGAAUGCCAGGUGAUCUCAUAAGCCAACUGGAAAGCAGGCUAAAAAACCCAAGCAGAACAAUUAACUCUCAACAACAUGGUCUUACAGUUCUCAGUUGCCACAAAUUCAGAUAUUAUGCAAUUAUAAUGCACAACUGGACUACUUUAACAUUUUUAGCCUACUUUCCAGUAGGCUUGUGAGAUCACCUGGCAUUCUGUGUGUCUGUCCGUCUGUGUGUCCCCCCGCCCCCCACCAACUUUGCAACGCUUGGAGCAAUAUGAACCGAAUCGGGUACAGUUGUAGCGACACCUUAACAGAGUAGUUUGUGACAAUGUCAUCCACCCCAAUCCAAGAUGGCGGACACACAAACUUUUGAGGUGCAUGUGCAUUAACUUGAGGACUGUAACUGAUUUGAACCAAAUUUGGUACAGUUGUAGUGAUUGACACACGAAUUCCUCAUUGGUAUAGUUUGUAAUGAUGUCAUCCACCCUGAUUCAAGAUGGUGGACGCAUGAACAUUUGAGGUAUAACUUGUGGACCUAAAUUUGAACCAAAUAUAGUCCAGUUGUAGAGACAGUGAAAGGAAAGUAGGCUGAUUAGUUAUUACUAGAACAACUUGUUUUAUAUUCAUAACGUGAUGUUACCAGUAUUAGACCUCAUGUGAUACCCUGCAAUUUGCUUGUAGCUUCAUCUGCAGUGUUUAUUUCUUCUUGGAUGUUUCUCAGUAUUAUUGGCAAUUACAGUUAGGAGGCUUUGAACGAUGUUCAUGAUAUUGGAGCCUAGGAAGGCCCACCACUUUUGCCUUAUGUACCAGAUUAUACUAUUGCCCAGCUGAUAUUUUUAUCGAAGGACAUCUGAGCUGAAAUGUUGUGGAGAGAAUGACUUCAGUCCAUCGAGCUCACAGCUUUGGAAUUUAGCAUGGCUUUUAAGCACUUAUUUGGAUACAUGCAAACAUGUUCUUGUAUGCUUGGUUCCCCCCCCCCCCCAAUAUUAAAUAAAAGAUGAUUUUGGAGCUCA